AGACUAUUCCCCCACACCAUCCACAAUCUCAUUCACUGAGUGGCAGCGUCGGAGACAACAGCCUACUUCCGUCUCUCGGUCCUGCGCGAGGUUUCGAGCCUCAAUACGGAUUCUGCUCAGCUGUUUGAGAGUGAAACAAGCUUCCUACGAGGACUUCAUGCAGUGACAACGAAACAAAGAGCUAUCAAAUCACCACUGACCAGAAAAACAGGAUUGAAAAAAAAAAUAACUAUACAAAGGACCUAUUAUCGUCUCCAAAUCCAAACAUCUCAGAUAGCUUACAUAGUUCCCUUAGUGUUUUGCUUGCGUGUUGCCUGUCAACAGAAUUACUCCAUAGAAAUAACGGUCGGUCUGKCUCGCUGGAAUCACACAGUUGAAAAACGUUUUGUUUUUCUAUCCAACCCAGAUAGCGCUGUCUGUAUUGGUUAGUUGUUUGUGAGAUAUUUGUAUUUAUUUAUUUUAGCCCAAGUGAGGAGCAUACAUAGUAUGUUUGUGAUAAAAGCAAAGCAGCAUUGCUCUGCUAAGUGCAAACAGCAAUGCAGCUGAAUCAUGUCCAUUGCUAGAGAGUCCCACCGGCACCAACACACGUCUCCAUAUCUACUGUCAGGGCAGUGUACUUUCUACUGCUGUCUGCCCAAAAGUAGUAGUAGUCACACUAGUACUGUGUGCUAAUGUGGCUCUAGCUAUCCACUCUGAGACACUAGCCACCAGAAAGAGUAGUUGCUGCCAGAGCAACAGCUAAUGGGGAUCCAAAUAAGCUAAACUGAGAUACAGUGAUACUCAAGCCUUAGUUAUCUUCAGUAGCCCAACAAACACAAUGAUGUUAUCAGACAACGACGAGAUGGGCUCCGACCUAUCAGAUUCCCUGGAGGUCCGUGAGGUCCUACAGUUCCAGAACCAGUAUCAGUACAUGACCCAUGAUACAGGGAGCUGCUUCAAGUCCAAGAGUCUCCCCAUCCUGAAUGGGCCCUGUCUGUCAGGCUGUGAUGAGCCUCUGCUGGGGGAACCACGUCUGGUCCAAACCACCCAAACCUCCAUGGCCACAGCAGCCACCGAGCACCACAGCAGCCAGCUCCAUCCCCAAACCCCCACUGACCCUGACUCUAGCCAGGCAGAGUCUCCCUCCUCUCUGACAGACUUCACGCUCCAGUCCCCCUCGGCCUCCAGCCUGGUGGGGCUGAGAAGCUCCAUGGCCACUGGGGCCAGGGAUAAGAAACUAGGCUUCUCUUUAACCCGCUUCCUCCGUAUCCCCGCCAGGAAGUAUGUGCAAGCCAUCCUGGCCGACUCGCGCUGCUUCCUGUUCUGCAUGUGCUACCUGACGUUCAUCCAGUCGCUGAUGGUAUCGGGCUACCUGAGUAGCGUCAUCACCACCAUCGAGAAGCGUUACAGCCUCCGCAGCUCCGAGUCCGGCCUUCUUGUCAGCUGCUUUGACAUCGGCUCUCUCUUCGUCGUCGUCUUCAUCUCCUACUUUGGGGGCAGGGGUCAGAGGCCGCGUUGGCUGGCGGUAGGAGGGGUGUUCAUAGCCGUAGGGGCGGCUCUGUUCUCCUUGCCACACUUCAUCUCACCACCCUACCAGAUCCAGGAGCUCAACUCAUCCACGGGCCACGAGGGUCUGUGCCAGAGCGGGAACGGCAGCGGGCGGGAUGCCUUGGACGUGGCGUCGUGCCCCCGAGACCAGGAGGGUAACGAACACAACCUGUACGUGGCGCUAUUUAUCUGUGCACAGAUCCUGGUGGGUAUGGGGUCGACGCCCAUCUAUACCCUGGGACCCACUUACCUGGACGACAACGUCAAGAAGGAGAAUGCCUCCCUCUACCUCGCUGUCAUGUAUGUGAUGGGAGCCCUGGGGCCGGCAGCGGGAUAUCUGUUAGGAGGAGUUUUGAUUGGUUUCUACGUCGACCCUACAACUGUCGUCCAUAUUGACCAGAGUGACCCACGCUUUGUUGGCAACUGGUGGAGUGGGUUCUUGCUGUGUUCUAUAGCCAUGCUCCUGGUCAUCUUCCCCAUGUUUGCCUUCCCUAAGAAGCUGCCUCCGCGCCACAAGAAGAAGAAGAAGAUGACCUCAUCAGRAGAUGACGUGUCCAGCGAUGAUGAUUUUAUGAUGGAGAAGGCGGAGGGACAGAACGCCCAGACCGGCAUGGGCUUCGGGAAGGACAUCAAAGACCUCCCCAAGGCAGCGAUAAGGAUCCUGUCCAACACGACAUUCCUGUUUGUCAGUCUGUCCUACACAGCAGAAUGUGCCAUCGUUACAGCCUUCAUCACAUUCAUACCCAAGUUCAUAGAGUCCCAGUUUGGCAUCCCUGCAUCUAACGCCAGCAUAUACACAGGUGUGAUCAUCGUGCCCAGUGCUGGGGUGGGUAUCGUCCUAGGGGGCUACAUCAUCAAGAAGCUGAAGUUGGGAGCCAGAGAGUCAGCCAAGCUGGCUAUGAUCUGUUGCGGGGUGUCUCUGCUCUGUUUCUCUACGCUCUUCAUCGUGGGCUGUGAGAGCAUCAACCUGGGAGGUAUCAAUAUACCAUACACCACUGGGCCCACCCUGACUAUGACCCAUCAUAACCUGACUGGAGGCUGUAAUGUGAACUGUGGCUGUAAGAUCCAUGAGUACGCCCCGGUGUGUGGCUCUGACAGCAUCACCUACUUUAACCCCUGCCUGGCUGGGUGCAGCACGGUGAGCAACGGCAGCACUGGGAUCAGGAACUACACAGAGUGUACGUGUGUCCAGAGCCGACAGGUCAUCAGCCCUCCCGCUGGUGGUCAAGGCAACCAACUGCAGCUGGUCAUCGUUAAGACCUACCUGAACGAGAACGGCUUCGCGGUGUCGGGGAAGUGUGACCGCACCUGUAACACCCUCAUCCCCUUCCUCAUCUUCCUCUUCAUCGUCACACUCAUCACCGCCUGCGCUCAGCCCUCCGCUAUCAUAGUCACUCUCAGGUCUGUGGAUGAACAGGAGAGACCAUUCGCUCUGGGGAUGCAGUUUGUCCUGUUAAGAACUCUGGCGUAUAUUCCUACUCCCAUCUAUUUUGGGGCGGUGAUCGACACCACCUGUAUGCUGUGGCAGCAGGACUGUGGCGUCCACGGCUCCUGCUGGGAGUACGACGUCACUUCCUUCCGCUUCGUCUACUUCGGCCUGGCCGCCAGCCUCAAGUUCAUUGGCUUCAUCUUCAUCUUCCUCACCUGGUACUCCAUCAAGUACAAGGAGGAGCAGGCGGAGCGCUGGCACCAGCGACUACCCCCGUUGGGCACUGUCUCUGACCUCAUCUGCCACGUGGGGGGCCAGAAGAGCCACGCCCGAACCCGCUCCUGUCCGGUGUUCCUCCCGCCCUGCGACCACCCUCCCGUAGCCCUCCUUCUCAACCGGGGUCACAGCACCCUCACCCUCGUUAACAGAGCAAUAAACCCGCCCCCUCCCUCUCUGCUGAUGCCACACACAGAGGCUCCGCCCACAUAUACGAGCAGGAAGUAAACAGGCCACACCUCUUCCUCUUUAGGUCACACCUCUACAUGUUCCUCCCCGGGGGUUGUGACACGUGCCUUCCUGUUCCUGUCUCCACCCUGUUUCUAAAAUAUACACCAAUCAGGCGGUGGGGGCGGUGACUUCCAUGGCUCUGAUUGACAGGCAGAGAGACCAAUAGACUGAUAGUGACAGACAGAGGCCAUUUGUGGUAUUAAAGAGCUGGCCACAGUUAUAUGGGCGUGUCACAGGGGAACAGCUCGACUCCCUAUUGACCUACAGAGCUGUCUGUCUCUGCUGUGCACAUCAUUAGCUGCAGAGUGGAGGCUGGUGGGAGGAGCUAUAGGACAGGUUCAUUGU